UCAGGCUGCCCUGGCCAAUACUGGGGCUCCGAUUGCCGCGAGAACUGUCCCUGCCAUCCCAAUGGGCAGUGUGAUGCCGUCACGGGCCAGUGCACCUGCAACAAAGACCACUGGGGUGGGCAGUGCCAGUUCCUGUGCCCAUGUGGCCUCCACGGGCACUGUAACCCACUGACAGGGGCCUGCCGCUGUGAGCCAGGCUGGUGGACAGACUCGUGCCGCAAAGCCUGCCAGUGCAGCUCCUACUCUUUGGGCUGUGACCAGAUGACGGGGGCCUGCCAAUGCGAGCCAGGCUGGUGGGGCAGACGCUGCAGCUUUCGAUGCUCGUGCCAUCACUCUGCCUGCAACCAGAACACGGGCCGGUGCAUUUGCCGGGAUGGCUGGUGGGGGCCUGAGUGCCAGAAACGCUGUACCUGCCAGCAUGGCCACUGCAAUCCCACCAACGGGCACUGUGCUUGCCACCCAGGCUACCAGGGUCCCCUGUGUGAGCAAGCCUGCCCCCCCGGCCGCUAUGGGGUCCAGUGCCUGGACAGUUGCGGUCAUUGCAGGCAGAAGGAGCCCUGCUCUCCUGACACAGGGGCCUGCCUGGCCUGUGAGCCUGGCUGGAAUGGAACCCGCUGCAAUCAGCUGUGCCCGCCAGGCACCUAUGGGGACAAUUGUGGGCAGCUCUGCCCCCAGUGCCGGCGAGGUGAGGCUUGCCAGCCUACCAGUGGGCACUGCCAGCACUGUGACCCAGGGCGAACAGGGCCCAGGUAAGAGCAUGUCUCCUCUUCCCCAAGAUGCCUCUAGAGUGGGUGAGCAGAGCUGAGCAGGACCAGCCUCCAGGAGAAUCCCUACCCCUGGACACCUUCCUCCUGGAUCGCUCCCUCUGAGGCUGCUCCCUAAGUCCCCUCUAAGGCCUGCUGUUUGGGAAGCAAAACCUGUUCACCACAGUGAGAGGCAAGAAGUAGGCAGGCCCUGAGGGUGGCUGGGAUACAAGAUGGGGCACACUGGGGGGUCUUUUUGGAAAUAUUGCUCUUUCCAGCAAGGUGGCUUAGUGA